AUGCGAAUCGGCCUCGACGAGAGCGCCGACGGCGCGGUACCGAGCCUGGCCAAGUGCUGCGACGCCCUGCCCGCCGGCGAGGCGGUCACCGCCGUGAGGGCGCUGCCCGGCGGGAGGCUGUUCGUCGGCGGCGCGAGACGCGCGAGGGUUUGGAUUAACGAACUCGACGGCCGCGGAUGGGAGGAGGUUGGCGAGCUCGAGCUCGACGGCGCGGUCGUGGCGGCCAACUUUGACGCGGGAAGUUCUGUCGGAAGGGGCGUGCACGCCGGAUCCAACCCUAACCCUAACCCUAAACCCGAACCGUGGGGCGUCGUCACGACGUCCGCCGGGAGCGCGUGGCUCGUGGAAAUCGCCACCGGCACGGCGAGGGCGCUGGUGCAGGCGCAUCCCCUCGACGUGGCGCACGCGUCGUUGAAGACGCUGGGCCACCGAACGUGCUUGGCGACGACGUCGGUGGACGGCACCGUCCGCGUCUGGGACUGCGCCGCGGGCGCCAAGGUUCUCGAGGUGCACGCGGACGUCUCAUCACUUUCUACCAGAGCCACGCGAGCCGUUGUUUCCCCCGACGGGACGAGGCUCUGCAUGGGAUGCGGCGACGGCGGCGUCGCCGUCGUCGCCGUCGGCGCCGGCGUCGGCGGGGCGGCUCCGGGUGUCCAGGGACCGGUUCGACACGCGCGAGCGCACCCCUCGGGCGCAGCGGUGGUGCACGCGUCCUUCCUCCGAACGACCGAAGCUUCCUUUGAAUCGGGACAGGGGCGUCCGGUACUUUCUCGUCUGCUCACCGUCGCCGCGGACGGGUCGAUAUCGCUCACCGACGUCGCUUCGUGCGAGUGCAGCCAGCUGUUUCCCGGACUUUCAAACUCUUCUGGCGACUCAAACGCGAGUGGUGACCCGGUGGUGGCCGCCGCCGUCUCGGAACCCGCCGUCGGCUCCGGGGAAAUCUUAAUCGCACUCGCCAGGGCGUCUAGUUUACAGACAGUCUCGGUCACGAUCGGGACCAAGUCCGAGCUCCGGUCCACGUUCAAGCCGACACCCCGGGGCACGUACGUCACGUCACCGGGGAUGUGCGCGUGGUCGGAGACAAACAGAGGCGUGUGCUACUACGCGUCUCGCGCCACGGGCGGGCGGGUGGUCCAGUUCGACGCCAUAAAAGGCGAGGUGAUCGGAGUGAUCGAGUGCGAUGCCGGGGCGGGUUCGGGGGGGCCGUGGUGCGUCGCGGUGACGGAGCGGAAAGGGAGGGACGCGUUGGCCGUCGGCACGGCGCGCGGCGUCGAGUUUGUGUCGGUGAACGGGGACGGAGUCGGAGUCUCCGGCGAAGUUUCCGGCAGAAAACAACGUAGCGGGACGUGCGCGAUGGCGAACGGCGCUCGGCACGUGGCGUGGACGGACGACGGGGCGGACGCGUGGGUGUGCAGCGGGACGUGCGCGUACCUGGUCGCCGACCCGUUCGGUCAGCUCGAGAGUAACCGAUGAGGACGAGUCGUUUCAACCUACGUAGACUACCUUCGCGAGUGUUAAUUAACGUUACCAGUCUCUGGGGGCGUUUGCCUGCCGAGGCGCGUUUCUGC